AUGGCCUUACAUGCCCAUUAUAUGAAACUCGUCGGUAAACUCACAAUCUGUGUGCUUUUACCUUAUGUUGUGUGUGCAGAAGAUAGUGAUGGACACAAAAGAGACAUCUUAGAUUAUGUUGAUCCCCUAAUUGGCACAGCGAAUGGAGGACAUUCUUUUGCUGGAGCAACCUUGCCCUUUGGCAUGGCCAAGGCUGUGGCUGACACGCAGGGAGAGAACCAGGGUGGCUUUUCUUAUGACACAACCAUGGUCACUGGCUUUUCUCAUAUGCAUGACUCUGGGACUGGAGGUUCACCAUCUUUGGGCAAUUUCCCCAUUUUUGUUCACCCGAACUGUCCGCAAGACGACCUUAGCAAUUGUAAAUGGCAGCAAUCCAGCAGGGCAACUGUCUGGAGAAAGGAUUCCGUCAAGGCUAGGCCUGGAUACUUCAGCAUCCAGCUAGAGAAUGGCGUCAGUGCGGAAAUGACAACCACGAACCGAUCGGCUCUAUAUCGGUUCAGCUUUGGGGAUGUUUCUGAACCACUUAAUCCAGUUGUUCUUGUUGACUUAAUGGACCUACCACAAUCUCGCUCCAAAGGCAUGGCUUCGGUGGACCCAUCAACUGGACGUCUCACAGGAAAUGGCACGUUCAACCCCAGCUUUGGUCUGGGAUCCUAUGAGCUCCACUUUUGUGCCGAUGUCAAGGGGCCCAAGAUUCGUGAUACCGGAUCAUGGAAGAAUAAUGAUGUGGACCCAGACCAGAGCUUCAUUUCGGUCGAAAGUAGUACAGCUUCCUCGGCAUCCGCGGGCACCUUUGUUAGGCUCCAUGCGCCAACAGCGCAUUCCACCAUAAUGGCCCGCGUGGGCGUAAGCUUUAUAAGUGUGGAGCAGGCCUGCGAGAAUGCUGAGAGAGAACAACCCCACUUUGACUUUGCUGGCACUGUGUCUGCGGCCGAAAAGGCCUGGAGAGAGAAGCUGGGCGUCAUCCGUGUUAAUGCUGACGGGGUUUCUACUGAUCUGCAGAAAGUCUUCUGGAGCGGAAUAUACCGUACCAUGAUUAGUCCCCAGGAUUACACCGGGGAGAACCCACUCUGGGAAAGCGAUGAGCCGUAUUAUGACAGUUACUACUGCAUCUGGGAUUCAUAUCGUGGCGUCCACCAGCUGCUGACGCUGAUGGACCCGCUAUCUCAGUCGCUUAUGAUGCGAAGUCUCGUUGAUAUUUAUCGUCAUGAAGGGUAUCUACCUGACUGCCGUAUGUCACUUUGCAAAGGCUACACACAAGGUGGCUCAAACGCCGAUGUCCUGAUUACGGAGGCGUACUUAAAGAAGGUUGCCGAUAUUGAUUGGGACACUGCCUAUGAAGCAGUCAUAAAGGAUGCAGAAAUUGAGCCUCCAAACUGGGAUGUGGAAGGCCGUGGAGGUCUUAGAAGUUGGAAAAAACUCGGGUAUAUUCCAAAAGAUGAUGUUGAUACGGAUGGCACGGGACUGCACACUCGUUCGGUCUCCAGAACGCUCGAAUAUGCAUACAACGACUUCUGCAUUGCGGAGUUGGCUCACCUCCUGGAUCGUCAGGAUGAUUAUGAGAAGUACACUAAACGCGCCUCUAACUGGAAGAAUGUUUUCAAGGAAGACCAAAAGUCCUAUAUCAAAGGGGUGGACACCAAUUUCACGGGUUUUGUACAGCCUCGGCUGCCGGAUGGCACAUGGGCUUACCAGGACCCUAUCUUCUGCAGUCCAUUGAUGAAUUUCGACUCGUGCUAUCUCAAUGCGAAUGGACAUGAAACUUAUGAGGGUAGUUGCUGGCUAUACACGUUCUAUGUGCCGCAAGAUAUGGCUGCACUGAUUACACAACUUGGAGGUCCCAAGUCUUUCACAGAGCGCCUUUCCUAUCUGCAUGAGUCCGGGAUACUCUAUGUGGGUGAUGAGCAGGCUUUCUUAACGGUCUUCCAAUAUCACUAUGCUGGACGACCUGCGCUUUCAACUAAGCGUGCACAUUAUUAUAUUCCAUCCCAGUUCAAUACUUCUGUCUCAGGAAUCCCUGGAAACGACGAUGGUGGAGCCAUGGGGUCUUUUGCAGCCCUGAGCAUGAUGGGUCUCUUCCCGGUCCACGGACAGGAUGUUUAUCUGAUCAGUCCACCAUUUUUUAAGGAAUUCAGUAUUCGCAACCGUGACACCGGGAAGGUCGCGACAGUACGCAACAUUAACUUUGAUCCUAGCUAUAAGUCAAUCUACAUCCAGAGUGCCAAGCGCGACGGUAACCUACUGAGAUAUUCUCAGUCUUACGUCCCAUCAAACCGCAUUCGCAGUAGUGUUUUAGAGCAGAAGACAUACAUCCUCCGACCUCAUCAUGCUAUCCAGACAGGUCAUCAUCAGCGUCCGAGAACUUUUACAACAGCCGCUAUUUCCCCUGUUUUUGUGCCGCCGCUUAUUUUCAUCGGACUGCUUGUCUCCUUGUGGGCCUGGAAAUGUUUCUGGAUUGUUCUCUUGCAGGACAAGCUCUUAUACAUCUCCUGGUUGCCCCCAUUUGCGCGAUCCGAAAGAAUUGCCGACUACGAAAACGAGUGUAGGCCGGUUCAAUGGACAGAAAAGCAGAUUCGGAGUCUGGACGGGACCAAAUUAGCGGUAUGCGAAGGCCGUAUUCCAGUAGCUCAGAAACAGGACCCCAGCAAUAUUCAUGAUCAAGGCGUGGGCGCGGCAUCAAGACGAAAAACAGUCGUUAUAUGCUACUUCCAAGGAAACGGAGGUUCCACACCUCUCCGUUUGCCGCUCCUCUCUACAAUUUUACGGAGUGUGGCUUCGUCCUCCCCUGAUGGUAUUAAUUAUGUCGUGGUCGCCUUGUCGUACCGUGGCUAUUGGACGUCUUCCGGGCGCGCGACCCAGUCAGGCAUUGAGCUGGACGCCCAAGCCUUUCUAGACUGGGUAUCGAAAACAUAUACGACCCUUGAUACUGAUCUCCAGAUUAUUCUCUGGGGCCAUAGCCUGGGCUCGGCUAUUGCCAGCACAGCUGUCGCUACUUAUCUGUCCCGUCUUGAGAGCGGGCAAUCGCCGUCAACUGCGGCAGGUUCCCCGGUCCCGAUCACUGGCUUGAUUAUGGAAGCACCCACCUCCAGUACAAAAGACAUGUUGAUUAGUUUGUAUCCUCAGAAGUGGCUCCCUUAUCGGUACCUGUGGCCUUUUCUGUGGAAUAACUGGAACAGCUCCAUCGCUAUGGAACGGAUGGCCCGCUAUCGGGAAAUCCCAUCAUCGGUCUCCCUUCCUCCAAUUCUGCUGUUAUGUGCGGAGAAAGACGAGGUGAUUCCUGCACAUGCAGCAGAUCAGCUAGAGGGGGAUGGUCGAAGGCUGGGGUUGGACAUCCGAAGGAAGGAUGUUAGUGGAGCGAUGCAUACUGAAGCACCGCUUAAGAUAGAAGGGAGAAAGGAAAUGGCGAAAUUUAUCAUCCAGCAUUCUUCUGGAGGGACGAAAUAG